AUGUUAACUCUUGGAGAUGUGACAGAAUUAGGUGGAUGGGAUUUGGUGAUUUUCGUGUUUGUUAUUUAUGUGAUUUGUGUGGUAUUCUUGAAGAAGCCAACAAAAGAGAAACAUUCGGAUGUGGAAGAGACAUUAAAUUCUCUUCCACCAAUGCAAAAGAGAGAUUUUACAGUGGAACAAUUGUUACACUUUGAUGGCAUACAAAAUGAACGUAUUCUUAUGGCUGUUUGUGGAAAGGUAUUUGACGUAACGAAAGGGAGUAUAUUUUAUGGUCCUGAAGGUGCAUAUGGUAAAUUGGCAGGUCAUGAUGCUACACGAGCUUUGGCAAAAAUGGACUUGACAUUGGUCAAAGAUAUUCCAGAUGACUUAAGUGAUAUUUCAGAUUUGGAUCUUAAUACAGCUAGAGAAUGGAUGGAAUCGUUUAGCUACAAAUAUCCUGUUGUGGGAAAAUUGUUAGCCGAAGGCGAAGAGCCAACCGAUUACAAGGACGAAUUGGCAUCAUUGUAA